GUGGAGUGGAGGUGGUCACUGGGGGCCAGGGGGAAGGUGAGACCCGUAUCGGUGGGUUGGAAGGUGAGACCCGUAUCGGUGGGUUGGAAGGUGAGACCCGUAUCGGUGGGUUGGAAGGUGAGACCCGUAUCGGUGGGUUGGAAGGUGAGACCCGUAUCGGUGGGUUGGAAGGUGAGACCCGUAUCGGUGGGUUGGAAGGUGAGACCCGUAUCGGUGGGUUGGAAGGUGAGACCCGUAUCGGUGGGUUGGAAGGUGAGACCCGUAUCGGUGGGUUGGAAGGUGAGACCCGUAUCGGUGGGUUGGAAGGUGAGACCCGUAUCGGUGGGUUGGAAGGUGAGACCCGUAUCGGUGGGUUGGAAGGUGAGACCCGUAUCGGUGGGUUGGAAGGUGAGACCCGUAUCGGUGGGUUGGAAGGUGAGACCCGUAUCGGUGGGUUGGAAGGUGAGACCCGUAUCGGUGGGUUGGAAGGUGAGACCCGUAUCGGUGGGUUGGAAGGUGAGACCCGUAUCGGUGGGUUGGAAGGUGAGACCCGUAUCGGUGGGUUGGAAGGUGAGACCCGUAUCGGUGGGUUGGAAGGUGAGACCCGUAUCGGUGGGUUGGAAGGUGAGACCCGUAUCGGUGGGUUGGAAGGUGAGACCCGUAUCGGUGGGUUGGAAGGUGAGACCCGUAUCGGUGGGUUGGAAGGUGAGACCCGUAUCGGUGGGUUGGAAGGUGAGACCCGUAUCGGUGGGUUGGAAGGUGAGACCCGUAUCGGUGGGUUGGAAGGUGAGACCCGUAUCGGUGGGUUGGAAGGUGAGACCCGUAUCGGUGGGUUGGAAGGUGAGACCCGUAUCGGUGGGUUGGAAGGUGAGACCCGUAUCGGUGGGUUGGAAGGUGAGACCCGUAUCGGUGGGUUGGAAGGUGAGACCCGUAUCGGUGGGUUGGAAGGUGAGACCCGUAUCGGUGGGUUGGAAGGUGAGACCCGUAUCGGUGGGUUGGAAGGUGAGACCCGUAUCGGUGGGUUGGAAGGUGAGACCCGUAUCGGUGGGUUGGAAGGUGAGACCCGUAUCGGUGGGUUGGAAGGUGAGACCCGUAUCGGUGGGUUGGAAGGUGAGACCCGUAUCGGUGGGUUGGAAGGUGAGACCCGUAUCGGUGGGUUGGAAGGUGAGACCCGUAUCGGUGGGUUGGAAGGUGAGACCCGUAUCGGUGGGUUGGAAGGUGAGACCCGUAUCGGUGGGUUGGAAGGUGAGACCCGUAUCGGUGGGUUGGAAGGUGAGACCCGUAUCGGUGGGUUGGAAGGUGAGACCCGUAUCGGUGGGUUGGAAGGUGAGACCCGUAUCGGUGGGUUGGAAGGUGAGACCCGUAUCGGUGGGUUGGAAGGUGAGACCCGUAUCGGUGGGUUGGAAGGUGAGACCCGUAUCGGUGGGUUGGAAGGUGAGACCCGUAUCGGUGGGUUGGAAGGUGAGACCCGUAUCGGUGGGUUGGAAGGUGAGACCCGUAUCGGUGGGUUGGAAGGUGAGACCCGUAUCGGUGGGUUGGAAGGUGAGACCCGUAUCGGUGGGUUGGAAGGUGAGACCCGUAUCGGUGGGUUGGAAGGUGAGACCCGUAUCGGUGGGUUGGAAGGUGAGACCCGUAUCGGUGGGUUGGAAGGUGAGACCCGUAUCGGUGGGUUGGAAGGUGAGACCCGUAUCGGUGGGUUGGAAGGUGAGACCCGUAUCGGUGGGUUGGAAGGUGAGACCCGUAUCGGUGGGUUGGAAGGUGAGACCCGUAUCGGUGGGUUGGAAGGUGAGACCCGUAUCGGUGGGUUGGAAGGUGAGACCCGUAUCGGUGGGUUGGAAGGUGAGACCCGUAUCGGUGGGUUGGAAGGUGAGACCCGUAUCGGUGGGUUGGAAGGUGAGACCCGUAUCGGUGGGUUGGAAGGUGAGACCCGUAUCGGUGGGUUGGAAGGUGAGACCCGUAUCGGUGGGUUGGAAGGUGAGACCCGUAUCGGUGGGUUGGAAGGUGAGACCCGUAUCGGUGGGUUGGAAGGUGAGACCCGUAUCGGUGGGUUGGAAGGUGAGACCCGUAUCGGUGGGUUGGAAGGUGAGACCCGUAUCGGUGGGUUGGAAGGUGAGACCCGUAUCGGUGGGUUGGAAGGUGAGACCCGUAUCGGUGGGUUGGAAGGUGAGACCCGUAUCGGUGGGUUGGAAGGUGAGACCCGUAUCGGUGGGUUGGAAGGUGAGACCCGUAUCGGUGGGUUGGAAGGUGAGACCCGUAUCGGUGGGUUGGAAGGUGAGACCCGUAUCGGUGGGUUGGAAGGUGAGACCCGUAUCGGUGGGUUGGAAGGUGAGACCCGUAUCGGUGGGUUGGAAGGUGAGACCCGUAUCGGUGGGUUGGAAGGUGAGACCCGUAUCGGUGGGUUGGAAGGUGAGACCCGUAUCGGUGGGUUGGAAGGUGAGACCCGUAUCGGUGGGUUGGAAGGUGAGACCCGUAUCGGUGGGUUGGAAGGUGAGACCCGUAUCGGUGGGUUGGAAGGUGAGACCCGUAUCGGUGGGUUGGAAGGUGAGACCCGUAUCGGUGGGUUGGAAGGUGAGACCCGUAUCGGUGGGUUGGAAGGUGAGACCCGUAUCGGUGGGUUGGAAGGUGAGACCCGUAUCGGUGGGUUGGAAGGUGAGACCCGUAUCGGUGGGUUGGAAGGUGAGACCCGUAUCGGUGGGUUGGAAGGUGAGACCCGUAUCGGUGGGUUGGAAGGUGAGACCCGUAUCGGUGGGUUGGAAGGUGAGACCCGUAUCGGUGGGUUGGAAGGUGAGACCCGUAUCGGUGGGUUGGAAGGUGAGACCCGUAUCGGUGGGUUGGAAGGUGAGACCCGUAUCGGUGGGUUGGAAGGUGAGACCCGUAUCGGUGGGUUGGAAGGUGAGACCCGUAUCGGUGGGUUGGAAGGUGAGACCCGUAUCGGUGGGUUGGAAGGUGAGACCCGUAUCGGUGGGUUGGAAGGUGAGACCCGUAUCGGUGGGUUGGAAGGUGAGACCCGUAUCGGUGGGUUGGAAGGUGAGACCCGUAUCGGUGGGUUGGAAGGUGAGACCCGUAUCGGUGGGUUGGAAGGUGAGACCCGUAUCGGUGGGUUGGAAGGUGAGACCCGUAUCGGUGGGUUGGAAGGUGAGACCCGUAUCGGUGGGUUGGAAGGUGAGACCCGUAUCGGUGGGUUGGAAGGUGAGACCCGUAUCGGUGGGUUGGAAGGUGAGACCCGUAUCGGUGGGUUGGAAGGUGAGACCCGUAUCGGUGGGUUGGAAGGUGAGACCCGUAUCGGUGGGUUGGAAGGUGAGACCCGUAUCGGUGGGUUGGAAGGUGAGACCCGUAUCGGUGGGUUGGAAGGUGAGACCCGUAUCGGUGGGUUGGAAGGUGAGACCCGUAUCGGUGGGUUGGAAGGUGAGACCCGUAUCGGUGGGUUGGAAGGUGAGACCCGUAUCGGUGGGUUGGAAGGUGAGACCCGUAUCGGUGGGUUGGAAGGUGAGACCCGUAUCGGUGGGUUGGAAGGUGAGACCCGUAUCGGUGGGUUGGAAGGUGAGACCCGUAUCGGUGGGUUGGAAGGUGAGACCCGUAUCGGUGGGUUGGAAGGUGAGACCCGUAUCGGUGGGUUGGAAGGUGAGACCCGUAUCGGUGGGUUGGAAGGUGAGACCCGUAUCGGUGGGUUGGAAGUCACACCAGACCCAGCGACAGCAUCCGUUGUAGCAACAGAUAUCCCAGCCACCACAGCAGCGCUUGCAACACCCAACGUUCCUGCAGCAACAGUCAUUCCUGCAUCAGACGAGCUUGCAGCAGUUGUAAUCCCAGAGCCUACCGAACCUGCAGCAGUGGUCGUACCACCACCAAAGAAACCCGCAGCAAUACCAGCAUCAAAUGAGCCUACUGCGGUUAUUAUCCCAGACGCAAGCGAGCCCGCUGCGGUUGUAAUCCCAGAGCCUACGGAACCCGCAGCAGUUGUCGUUCCAGAAGCAACCGUACCCGCAGCGGUCGUUUUUCCAGCACCAAAGGAGCCCCUUGCCGGCGCGGUUGCUCUUCCCGAAGCAGGCGAACCUGCAGCGGUUGUGGUGCCUUCUCCAAACGAACCUGCUGCGGUUGUCAUUCCCGAACCUGCGGACCCUGCAGCGGUUGUUGUCCCGGGUCCCUCUGAUGCUCCUGGUCCUGAUUCUCCUGCUGUUGCUGGUGCGAUGGGAGGGACGGGUGGAGGAAAGGAGGGCGAGGAUGAUGCUGACUUGGGCCCUCCAGAGGAUUACCCUGGGGAAGGGGAUGUGGGAGAGGAAGGAGAGGAGGGGGGAGAGGAGGAGGGAGAGGAGGAGGAAGGAGAGGGGGAAGCAGGGACGGCUGAGCAGGUUGGGAAGAAGAGUGCUGGGACUGCAGGGGAGACAGAGGCGGGAGGUGAAGAGGAGGCGGGGGAGGGGGAGGGGGAGGUGGGGGAGGAAGGGGAGGAGGAGGGAGAGGAAGUGGGGGAGGAUGAGUCACCAGCAGUGGGAGGCAUAGAUGUGGCGGAGGUGCAGCAAUGCGGGGAUGAGGUGCUCGCCCUUCCACCAGAGGCCAAGGCAUGGAAGCAGCGCUCCCUCGUGCAGAUCACACCAGACCUGCAGCUCUUCAGUGCAUACCGCUACAACCCGCACACCAUAGCACUCGUGGGCUUGCUAUCUCCCGCCGUGCCCACCGUACCUCUCGACAACUGCCUCUUCCGCCAGUCAGACGGCUCCCAGCCGAUCCCAGGCUCGCUGCUGCGCCUGCAGGUGGAGAACACCUCGGCAGUGGUGCUGAAAUUUGAGGGCGACACUGUUGUUCCCCCCUGUGGGGGCUAUCUGGAAUGCACGGCUCCUGCUGCUGGUGGGGCGAAAGUGGUUGUGUAUGCUGAAGGCCGGGGGGAGCUCUCCACUCCCCCCUCGCCCCUCCCCACGCCCCUCACCAUCUGCUCGCUCCUCAUAACAAACGGCGUUUCGCCGCCCCGCCUGCGCGAGUGGCUGGACUACCACCGGGCGGUGGCAGGGGCGGCGAGCUUUGUCCUUUACCGGCACAGCAAGAGCCACUGGCCUACAGAGCUGCGGCAGGCAGUGGGGGAAUACGAGCGGAUGGGGAUGGUGGAGGUGACAGAUAUUGUUGGGGCAGAUAAGGAACAGGAGAAGGGGAAGCGAGGUGGCAGUGGGGUGGGGGAAUACGAGAGGAUGGGGAUGGUGGAGGUGACCGAUAUUGUUGGGGCAGAUAAGGAACAGGAGAAGGGGAAGCGAGGUGGCAGUGGGGUGGGGGAAUACGAGAGGAUGGGGAUGGUGGAGGUGACCGAUAUUGUUGGGGCAGAUAAGGAACAGGAGAAGGGGAAGCGAGGUGGCAGUGGGGUGGGGGAAUACGAGAGGAUGGGGAUGGUGGAGGUGACCGAUAUUGUUGGGGCAGAUAAGGAACAGGAGAAGGUGAGGACGUGUGAGGAUUCUCCUGCUUGCAAGGGUGCUUGGAGCAAGGAGAGAGAGGUGCUCAGAUGCUCGCCCUACAGGACUGCCUCUAUCGCACCUCCCUCUCCUCUGCCUGGACUCUCCCCCUCGACCUUUCCUCACUCCUAUCUGCACAAGCCCCCUUCCUUACCGUUUCUAGCCCCUGUUUUCCCUUGCCAACGCCAGAUACUCGCCCUACAGGAUUGUCUCUACCGCACCUCCCUCUCCUCCGCCUGGACUCUCCCUCUCGACCUCCACGUGUACCUCUCCGUCUCGCCCCUCUUCCACCCUCCCCUUUUGCGGUGGAGCACGGAGGUUUGCCUGGGGGAGGCAGAUGUGGUGAAGGUGGAGAGGGAGGGGAUUGGGGGGGAGGGAGGAGAGGAGGAUGAAGCCGAUGCUGCUGGUGAUGGUGGUGGCAGGGGUAAUAGCAGCAGCAGUGGAAUUGUAUUUGCUGUAGAGAGGGCCGUGUUUAGAGAGGCGGCUCCUGUGUGCAGUGCAGAUGCGGCAGGAGGAGGAGGAGAGGCGGAUGCGGCAUUGUGUGAGGGCGAUGCGGGCACACGGCGCGUCAUUGUUAACCCGCGCAAGGUGGAUCUCCUCGCCCUCCACCAUCCCAUACCCCCCAAGGGCGGUGCUACUCUGGACGCCCACACGCAGGCGCGGGUGAACCGGUAUCUUGGUCUCUCCAGUGUCAAGCAGGCGGGGCGGGUGUGCAGCAGCGAGGUGCCGCAAUCGAGUGAUGCUGCUGCCGCUGCUGUGGAUGCUGCUGCUGCCGGUGCCCCGAGGGGGUCCGUGGAGAGCCUAGAGGUGGCUGAAGGGGCGAGGCUUGCCAGAGAGUGCCCCAUUGAGAAGAAUAGAGAGGAAGGGUUGAGGGGGCGGGUGUGCAGCAGCGAGGUGCCACAGACGGGCGACACUGCUGUGGAUGCUGCUGCUGCCGGUGCCCCGAGGGGGUCUGUGGAGAGCCUAGAGGUGGCUGAAGGGGCGAAGCUUGCCAGAGAGUGUCCCAUUGAGAGGAACAGACUCUAG